UACAUGCGCCGCUGUCGCAGCAGCAGCAGCAGCAGCAGCAGUGCAGACUGGUAACAACUGUGGUGUGUUUUGAUGGAGAUCACAGAAGCUGGAUCCGUUUCGUCGCCUUUUUUCGUGCUGUCGUGAGUCGUAUGGAAAUCUGGGUUGGAGCAGCCACUAACCAGCAAAACAUGCUAUCAAGUGUUGGUCGCAUUUCCAGCCAGGUAGGCUGUAGUGUUAGCAUGGUGGUAGCAAUGUAGGCAACGUUAGCUGGGAGUCCUGGACAGAAAUAGCAGCCCUCAAGGAAGCGGCAGCCAGCGCCGGUGAUCGGACCUGCUUUGUGUACAGAUCGGCCAGUUGGAGCUUCUCUGGAAUGCAUCUCUCCAAGAAAUGUUCCGCCUUCAAAGUGGUGCUGAGUGCUCUGCUGAUAGUGGCGCUCCUGCAGCUCAUAUACCUGUCCUUCCUGUCCAAGUUCCACGGUAAGCAGCAGCGGUACCGGUACUCUGAGCUCUUUGGAGGCUCCGGGGCCAAGAAAAAUGCGCACCCAGAGAAGAACUCGCGGAAGGAGCGCCUGAGGUACUCUCUGUCUACUGGGGGCAUCUUCGACAACAGUGGUCAGUACCGGGUGUACAAGAACUUGAUCAAAAGUGAUUUCACCACAAAUCAGAAGCCCGGCUCCGACCCCAGCUCCACCAUCCUGGCUCUGGCCACACACACGACUAUCAACAACCUGCAUCACCUGGAGUCUCUCCUGGCAAGGUGGCAGAACCCUCUGUCUGUGGCCAUAUUCGCACAUGGCCAAGAUGUUAAGUUUGCCACAGCUCUGGUUUAUGCACUCAGCUUCUUCUGCCCUCAGAUCCAAGCCCUGGUGGACUUCCACUUGGUGUGUCUGUCAGGAGAGACGGCCAGUUUCCCUGAUCAGGACAGAGAGCACUUUGCAGGGCUCGAGGACUGUGCCUCUGUGUUCUCCAGGCUGGAGACCCACAGGGAUAAAUACAAGAACUAUGCCAUCAGUGGAAACAUCUCCUACCCCAACAACCUCCUCCGUAACAUUGCCCGAGGUGGCACCGAGUCCUCCUUCAUCCUGGUCAUUGACAUCGACAUGAUGCCAAGCGCUGACCUGCACCAGCAGUUCCAGACCAUGAUCCUGAGGCGUGAGCCAGCAAGCGACGAGGUGUUUGUCCUGCCGGCCUUUGAGAUCCGCCACGCCAGGAAGAUGCCCGCCACCAAGACAGAGUUGGUUCAGCUCUACCAGGUUGGUGAAGUCCGGCCUUUUUACGAAGAGCUGUGCCCUCGCUGUCAAGCCCCCACCAACUACUCACAGUGGGUCAACAGCCACGUGAGAGGGCCGGCCAACCUGGAAGUUGCCUACACGCUCACCUGGGUGGACCCCUGGGAGCCCUUCUACAUCGGGCCUCGCACUGUGCCCCUCUACGAUGAGAACUUCAAGCAAUACGGCUUCAAUCGCAUCAGCCAGGCCUGUGAGCUCCAUGUGGCCGGAUACAGGUUCUCUGUGCUGAGCACUGCCUUCUUGGUGCACCGGGGCUUCAAGAUCCAGGGGGAGUUCCACGCUAAGAAAGACGAGGAGAACAAACACAACCGGGUUCUGUUUCGCAGCUUCAAAGAGGGCCUGAAAACCAAAUACCCAUCCUCCACCCGACGCUGCUGAGGACGGGACGGAGGCCGUAUCCUGUCGGUGUCAGCCUUCAGUGUUGAGCUGGAAUGGUGAACGUUUUUUUCACUGUAACCCAAUUUGGCUUCCAGUCAAGCUCUCCUUUCCCAACUUUCAAAGUCAGCACAUAAAUGUCCUAGUUUUUCUGUGAUUUCUUGUGAUGAUGGCACAGUAGGAGUUUAAGCUAAUCCAACUCUUGGGUGUAUUUCAAUUCCCUGUGAAAAUGAGCAGCAGGGAAAUAUUCUCUGAGCGCGUCAUGCUAGUGGGGACUCAAACGGAGAAAUGAUCAUUCAAGAGGGGAAAAGCGGCCGGGAAGUCAUGAGUGUGCUGUGUUUUGAGUCAAAUGCACAUUCAGAAUCUAGACGGCAUUUGAUUCAAGUUGAUAUCAAAGCAAGUGAGGUAUUCUGGCCGAUCUUAAAAUAACUUUAAACUCGCCCAGAUGCUGAAAAAGACACAAAGAUGUGAGAGUCUCGACAUAUCAAGGAAACAAAAAGGUUUUAUACAUCAUGACAGCUGAUCAAAAAAUCAUGAAAGUAAAUUCAAAGGUAACAGAUUUGUAUUAUUAAAAGGAAAAAAGGAAAGAAGUGCUCUGACAAAUAGAAGUGUUCCUUUUGCUUUGCUACAAGGGGAUGUAGGUGUUUGACAGCAGAUGGCAGGCUAUCCCCUGCAGGGACAAGUGAAACAAACUUGUAUUGUAGCUUGUAAGUCGUGAGCCAGCAGUGCAGGAAUGAAAACGUAAGAACCACACCAGCAUCUGAAUGAACCCGAGUACAUAUUUAAGCUGUUUAACGUGGAGCAGCUGACUGGUAAAUGAUCUAUCCAGCCUGCAGAGCGACACAAGCAGCAGGUGUUUGUUAAAUCAUUCAGGAACCUACAUCACAUAUGAUGAUGCGGGUUUGGUGAUGAAAACCUGCGCUUCUCGUUUUAUACAGCAGGUCUCCCAAAAACAGAUGCUUUAUGUAGAUGUGGUUUAAAAUGACAUCAUUUGUUUGACUGUGUUGUUCUGCAUCUACGUGGAUGGAGAACUACGAACCCUCUGAUUGGGUGACACAACGGAGGGGCAUCAUGAAACCAACAGGGGUAAAUUUAUCCCCUUUGGUUUUUGGAUUAUCUCUUCAGAGCACACAGGUUAAGUGAUUUACAGACAUAUUGAUGAUAAUAGUGAUUAUGAUGAUGACAAACGGAGAUGAAACGAUAGCUGAGUCGGAUGACAAGGAUAUCUACACACCAUGAUUUUCACAAACUGGUCUUUUUCCAGUCUGACUAAAAACUUCCGUCCUUCUAUAUUUCAGGGUGUCAGUGACAUGUUCUGACCACCAGAUGGCAGCAGUCGCUUGAUCGUUUGCUGCACAGUUGCAGGAUAUAUAUUUAAACCUGUAGUGAGAGCAGCAGAAAACAGAGAUUACACAACCCCAGUGUUUGUUGAUGGUCAGACGGAUGUGAAUUUACUCUGCGCCACUGCGGUCGGCGCAUUUCAGAAGUUCUCGGUGCUCCGUGGGCGCUUGUUGUUGUUGCUGCAAAUUGUCAGACUGAAAACAUUCUCCUCAUGAAUUCAGCAAAGCACUGUGUACAGAGAUGACGUACGACACUAGCUUUUUUUUGCCAACACUGUGUAAAACUACUGUAUUAUAACACUAAAGGAUGGGACGCAGGUGGAGCGUGUGGUGGGGACAAGGCAGCUACAGGCGGUGAUGUAGCACGGUUAGUGGGUAGAGAGAUACAUAUACUGCAUAAUCAAAGCGUGAAGCACACACAGAACGCAUACCAAAUGGAUUGCUGUGGAAAUGCUUCUCUUUAACACCACUAGUAAACAAAUAGCUACGUUUGACCUUAGACUUUAUUCUGUAACUCUAUGGUACAUACAUACAGUAUUAAACCUCGACUACCACUCUGCUCCUGUCUUUUUAGUCAACGUGCAUACACGCUGCAGUGUAUGCCUCAACAAAAUAUGUCGUUUGGUUACUUUUAAGUGUUAUCGCCAUGUAAUUAUUGAUUUUGGAGAGAUUUAAAUACUUUUCCUCACUCGUCGUGUUUAUGAUAUAUUUAUUGUGAAAAUGUUUUAACUGGAUUUUUUUUUUUAACGACCCCAAGCAAGAAAAUUGUAGCACGAACAUGUGUUAGCUAUGAAACAUUUUGGUUUUUGAACCACUAUCAAACAUUUUGAUCCUGAUUUUGUUUUCUGGAGUGGGAUAUGUUUUGACCUAACGUGGUUGUGUGAUGCAGUGCUUCAUUUCUCAUGUUUUAUCAUCGUUUGAAAAUGCAUUGUUUUGUUUUUUUUGGUAUUUAUUUUUCCUUUUGUGUUCACAGAAUAUAAUGCCUGAUUUGUCUUGAUGGAAUUUCUAAUAAACCUCGUGGACGACUUUUA